AUGCUGUUUUGGCACAAUCAGCCAGAGCACCUGUGGCCCAAUCCCGGGGAACUAUACUCUGGACCCCCCAGCAGCCUACUCAGGGACCCCCUGCCCUACCUGAAGCAGGAAGAGCUGCCGAACAUCCCCAGUGCAGACCCGCACUGUUCCGAGUUCCAGUACGUGCUCUGUGCAGCCACCUCGCCGGCAGUAAAGCAGCAGGAGGAGACCCUUACUUACCUGAACCAGGGCCAGUCCUACGAGGUACGGAUGCUCUGCAACCCCAAGCUGGGGGAUGCCACUCAGUGUUCCCGGCUGCUGAAAAGCACAGUACGAGUGGUAUUCCAUGACCGACGCCUGCAGUACACAGAACAGCAGCAGCUGGAAGGGUGGAGGUGGAGCCGGCCUGGGGACCGAAUCCUGGACAUUGAUGUGCCAUUGUCUGUGGGGGUGAUAGAGCCCCAAAUGUUGCCCUCACAACUCAACACCGUGGAGUUUCACUGGGAUCCGACCAAGAAGACCUCCCUUUUCCUGCAAAUUCACUGCAUCAGCACCGAGUUCACGCCUCGAAAGAAAGGUGGAGAGAAAGGUGUUCCCUUCCGUCUCCAGAUCGACACCUUCAAGCCCAGUGACAAGGAGCUCCUGCCUGAGCAUCUGCAUUCUGCAGGCUGCCUCAUCAAGGUGUUUAAGCCCAAAGGAGCUGAUCGGAAGCUAAAAUCCGACCGGGAGAAGGUUGAGAAACAGCCUCUCCAGGAGAGAUACAAGUACCAGGUUGCCUGUGAGAACACGGUCUUCACGGAGUGUUCACCAUGGCCAGAGCCCACUGCAGGGUCCCACCCAUCUCUCAGCCCUCUGGUUCUGACCUCCUCUCACUCCUGUAAGCUCCUGUCCCCUGAGAGAAGGCCGGAUGGGCCUUCCCUCUCAGACAUGGGCAAGGGCAGAGGGGCUGUUUUUCCCCUCCCGCUUGUUCUCACUCUAUGGACUGACUGCGGGAGCAAUGAUAGUGUUAACUGGAUGGCCCUCUUUAAGCCGCAGGAUCUGAAUCCUGGAGCCUCCAUCCCAGAGACACAGCAGUGGUUGCAUCGGCACCGGUUCUCCAGCUACUGUCGGAUGCUGGCCAACUUCACUGGCACUGAUCUGCUGAAGCUCACUCGCCAGGACCUUAUCCAGAUCUGUGGAGCUGCUGAUGGAAUCCGACUUUUCAACACUCUUAGAGCCAGGCCCCUCCGUCAUCGGCUGACUUUAUAUGUGGCUCAAGAGGCCUCUAGGCAAGAGAAUGAAGUUUCUAAGAACUCCAACUCAGGCUUUUAUCAAGAGAUCUCUCUAGAUGAACUAAGUGCCAUAGAACUGAUGGGGAAACUGGCUGAGCUCCUGGCCCUUCCAGCCAAUCAGAUCCACCAUCUCUUUCACCAGGGCCCUGGGGGCAUCCUCAUUCUCUUCAGUGACCAGGUGGUCCAGAAUCUUAAGGAUGAAUCAUACUUUGUGGCUGUGGUGAAGAAAGGGAUGGUGUUGGUCUCAGAUGACAAAUCCAGACUAGACCUCUACCUUAUGCAGAAUAAUGAGUGCAUGUCAACUGAGGCCUAG